UUAUUUCUUAUUUCUUAUAGUUAAUAAAAUAUUACAAUAUUAAUAAAAUUAUAUAUAGAAAAUAAAUAUAUUAGGAAUAUGACAAAUAAUAUGACAAAUAAAUGAAAAUUUUAUAAGAUAAGAAUAAUUAAUAUUUUAAUGUAAUAUAAAUAAUUUUUAUAUAAAUAUUUAUAAUGAAGAUGAUAAUAUUGUUCAAUAUGUAAUGAAUAAUUUUAUAAUAAUAUUAUAUAUAAUAUAAUAAAAUAUAUUAUAAAAUUUUUAUAAAUUUUAAAUUUCUUUAAUUUCUUUUUUUAACAAUUACAAUUAUUAAAAAAUCAAAAUUUAAUAAAUAUUACUAAUAAAAUUAUUAAUAAAAAUAUUAAUAGAUAAUAAUUAUUAAUAAAAUAUUAUUAAUAAAUAAAAAAAAUUAAAAUAUUAUUAUUAAAUAAAAAAAAUUUAAAUAUAAUUUUAUCUAAUAAAAUUAUUAAUAUUAUAAUGUAUUAAUAUUAUAUGUAAAUAUCUAAUGUUUUUUAAAAUUAAAUAUGAUUAUAAUAAUUAAAUUGUUUUAUAUAUGAAAUAUAUUCAUAUUUAUCAAUUUAUCAAUAAAUUAUUAAUUGUUAGUAAUUAUUUUAAUUCAAAUUUUUACUAAAUUCAGAAAGUAUUUGAUUAAUUAUUCAAAAAUAUAAAUAACUUUUAAUUUUCAAUUUAUAUUUUAUUAACAUAUUGUAAAAAUAACUAAAUUUUAAAUUUUAAAAAAAUAUUUAAUUAUUUGAAUCUUUUUCGAAUAUCGAUUCGCAUAAAUUUUAUCAUUUUAUUUCAUUUCGUAAAAUUUUUUGAUAAAUUUAUAGAAAAUAUUUUUUAUAUCCUAUAAAUUAUUUCUAUAUUAUAAUAGAUUCAAUACUAAUAAAACAUUAUUUAAAUAACAUUUUCGAAAGUUUUAUAUCACAGUUUUAUACACACAAUGUACAAAUAAUACAAAUUCGAUUGAAUCUAGAAUCUAAAACAAGAUUGAAUAAAAAAAGAAAGCAAAGAAACUGGAAAAAAAUACAUACAUAUGCACAAAUAUUGAAAUGUUGGUAUACAUUCAGAAGAUAAGGUUAAAACAGGAUAUGCCUGUAAGGUGGUAUAAGAAAAAAAUAAGAAAGAAGAGAAAUAAGAAGUUGCAAACGAAGCAUAUGUUUAGUUUAUGUUAGAUCAGUUAGCUUGAUAAAAACCGGGCAGUAAUCAAAUAUAAUGGGUUCCAUUUAAUCGGGGGUGGAAGGGGCGACCGCGCCGUUUCUUUUAAAGCGCAUGCUUGCGAGUCUUCUCGACAUUUACGUUUCAGCUACGAACGCGACGUCGAAUAUUCACUUACUAAUAUCAUUUACCUCUACUUUAGCCAUUAAUUUUUUUUUAUAUUUUUUUAUAUUGUGAAAUAUUACCUCAUAAGAUUAUACUUAUUAUUAAUUUAUAUAUCUUUUAAAUCUAAAAUAUAAUAUUAUUACAAUCCAAAAUUUAAUCAAUUUAUAAUAAUUCUUGAACCUAAUAUUUCUGUGGAAGUAUAUUUUUUGUGGAAAAAUUUUUUAUAAAACUAAUUCAAAACUGUUAUUAUUGGUGUAAAAAUUUAAUAACAAGCAAAAUGGCUUUGAAAAUUCGCGUUCAAUCACCGAAGGUAAAAUACACAGAAGAUUGUAUUGAAGCACAGUACGAGUAUCAAACAACGAACGUUACAGAAGACGAUACAAAAUAUACGGUGACACCUGUAUCAACAAAGCUAUUAAUUAGAACACAACUGAAAGUUCCAAAACUUGGAUUAAUGUUAGUAGGAUGGGGUGGAAAUAAUGGCACAACUAUUACUGCAGCAUUAUUAGCAAACAAACUUAAGUUGACAUGGGACACAAAGAAUGGCAUUCAAAAAGCAAAUUGGUAUGGUUCUUUAAUUCAAGCAUCCACUAUCAGAUUAGGCAAAGGAAACAAAGAAGAUAUAUAUGUUCCCAUGUCUUGGAUGCUUCCAAUGGUAAAUCCAGAUGAUAUUCAAAUUGAUGGUUGGGAUAUUUCAGACAUGAAUUUAGCUGAUGCUAUGCAACGUGCAAAAGUUUUGAAUAUUAAUUUACAAAAACAAUUAAUAGAACAUAUGAUGCAUAUGAAACCAAGAAAAAGCAUAUAUUAUGCAGAUUUUAUUGCUGCUAAUCAAGAAAAAAGAGCAAAUAAUGUUAUUUUGGGUACAAAAUUUGAACAAUUAGAACAAAUUAGAAAAGACAUUGCAGAAUUUAAAACUUCAAAUAAGUUGGACCAAGUAAUUAUAUUAUGGACUGCUAACACUGAACGAUUUUCUGAGAUCAUUCCAGGUGUAAAUGAUACAGCAGAAAAUUUAUUAAAUGCUAUUAAAAAAAGUCAUUCAGAAGUUAGUCCCAGUACAGUUUUUGCUGUAGCAGCUGCUUUAGAAGGAUGUACAUAUAUUAAUGGAUCUCCUCAAAAUACUUUUGUACCAGGAGCAAUAGAAUUAGCAGAAAAACAUAAAACAUUUAUUGGUGGUGAUGAUUUUAAAUCUGGCCAAACAAAAUUAAAAUCUGUGCUUGUAGAUUUUUUAGUUUCAGCUGGUAUUAAACCAGUAUCAAUUGUUAGUUAUAAUCAUCUUGGAAAUAAUGAUGGGUAUAAUUUAUCUGCUCCUCAACAAUUUCGAUCAAAAGAGAUUUCAAAAAGCAAUGUCGUGGAUGAUAUGGUACAAUCAAAUAAAAUUCUUUAUCAAUCUGGAGAAAAACCAGAUCAUUGUGUUGUUAUUAAAUAUGUUCCAUAUGUUGGUGAUAGCAAACGGGCGAUGGAUGAAUACACAUCAGAAAUAUUACUGGGAGGACAUAAUACAAUUGUAGUACAUAAUACAUGUGAAGAUUCUUUAUUGGCAAGUCCAAUUAUUUUGGAUUUAGUUUUGUUAGCAGAAAUUUGCUCAAGAAUUACUUUCAAAAUAGCAGAUACAAAAGAUGAGUUUAUUGGAUUUCAUAGUGUCCUAUCCAUACUUUCAUAUCUCUGCAAAGCACCAUUAGUACCACGAGGAACGCCGAUUGUAAAUGCAUUAUUCAGACAACGAGCUGCAAUUGAAAACAUUUUAAGAGCAUGUCUUGCAUUGCCACCUGAAAAUAAUAUGUUACUUGAACACAAAGUUAAUUUCAAAAAUCAAUUAUGAAUUUAAGAAAAAAACAUGUGUUUUAAACUAAGGGUAUUAUUUGCAAAAAAGGAACGAACAGUAUUAUUAAAGAAUAAUUUUAAAAACAGUAAAAAAUUAAAUAUUUUAGAAUUUGUAUUGUUUACAAGAUGAAAUUUGUUAGUGUUUGAAAAUCACUUUCAUAUUUCCUCAUUUAUCGUUACGAAAUUUAUAUUAUUAGCUAUAAAUAAAUAUUAUUAUUUAAUGAGAGAUAUCAUAAAAUUAUUAUACAGUAUUUGAUGUGUGAGAAUGUUGUUUAUUAGAUUUCAUAACAUUUUAUAAGAUACAAUUGUGAUAUAUUUUUUUAAACAUGACAAAUUAAAAAUAUAUAUUUUUACAGUAAAUAAUAUUUUGAACAAUAAAAAAUUAUUUUCCAAUCAAAA